AGGUUGAUAAAUAAUAUAAAUAGUACUGAUUCACCGGAACCAAAUGAUGACAGCGAUGGAACUAUAUCAGGUUGCCAGCCUGGAGAUUUCUUCAAUUUUUUGGGUCUAUUGCUACAAGGGAUCUUAGCUGCUUUGGCUUUUAGUUUAUUAAUGGUAAAGAGAAUUAGAGAACCACCUGAUGUUCGGAGAAACUUGAAAAUUUGGUUCUACGACACUUCAAAGCAGGCAGUAGGAGCCGCUCUGAUCCACUUUAUCAACAUCUUCACCUCUAGUUAUUACAGCGGGGAUCCCUGCACAUGGUACAUCAUCAGUUUCCUUCUUGACUCGACUCUGGGACUCCUCGUCAUCUACGUGGGACUGUUCAUUUCUCAGGUCAUAGCUCGCAGGUCUCAUUUGGACCAACUGCUCCUCGGUCAAUAUGGCCACACCACUUCGGAGCAAGUGAGGGCGUGGUUGUCGCAGUUCGCUGUCUAUCUUGUUGUGCUGUGCGUGGAGAAAUUAUCAAUAGCCCUCUUCAUGAUACCUCACUUCUGGCACAAGAUACGUGAUCUGCUGCUACUGCCGUUCUCUGACUCGCCGGACUUAGAGCUCAUUGUCACCAUGCUCAUCAUACCCUUUACAGUAAACGCUUUGAUGUUCUGGUUGGUGGAUAAUUUCCUAAUGCAACAUGGACAGCAGGAGAGGUACACCAAGAUUAUGACGACACUGCACAACUCGAGGAUCGUCUACGGACCCAACAAGGAUCAGUUCGGAGAUGCACAGGUGUUGAUCUUCAAUUCAGUGGAGGAGCAACGACUAGAGGCUGACAUCAACCCCUUCCUUGUAGACGCCACUGCCACUGCUCUAUCUGAAGCGAACCUGAAGAUAGCUGCAUGUCCACCUUGACACCACACGUGAACAUGAUCACAUGGUACGAAGACAAUGUAGAUCAUAUAUGAAUGUCUUUCUGCGCUUGCCUCGCCUGUUGUGCAUGUUCUUCGAGAUGAUCGUGGUCACAUCAAGAUCACAACAUUCCAACAGGCAAACCCUCUAUUUAUUGCCAAUGUAGAUUAAUUUAAUGGCGCUUGAUUUCAAUUUGUGGCCGUCCUGGAUCUAACUGUUGCAACCUGAAUGCGAAAUUCUCAAUUUGUGUAAUUGGAUAUGUCUUAUGUUAGACUGUCGACCAUUGAGCCAGCUAUUGAAACCGAUCGCUGAUACUAAUAGUUCAGCUUUCUCUAUUUAUAUCUUCGAUAAUGAAUGAGAAUAUUGGCGCUAUUCGAAUCCGUUAUACUUCCCGGUAUUUUCACUAGCGAGCCGUGGCGCAGAUGCGAGAACAGGGGACUCUAAAUCUCCUAGUGGUAGGAUCGAAUCCGUCACAUCAGAAUAUUUCAAAUGUUUGUUUUAUCCUUUUCUCUACUUCACUUUAAUAGAGCUGCUUUUUUGUCGUUUUCUCGCUAGUGUUUGCAAAGCGCUGCUUUGCCUCCGCGUAAAAUUAGCGUCCUUAAAAUUAGCGUCCUAUUUCUAAGUAAAACAUCAUAAUUUAAAAUUUAGUCUAAUUAUGGUAGAGAGAAAAAUACAAAGAAAAAUAUUUUCUGAGCAAAGAUGGACUAGAAAGGCUUAGGGUAAAUUGAACAUAACUCCUGUGUUCGUCUCCUGGUAAGGUACGAAGUUUUGUUGUGUACUCUAACUGUAUGUAUUCUAUUCUGACUAAUCAGGUUAAAAUGUAUAUAUUCGCUAUCAUCAAAACGACUUAAACUGUAAAAUGAUUGUGCUAUUUAAUUUUUUUGUUUAAUGCAUUGUUCCAUAAUCUUGCAAUCAUGCUAUUUCGAUUCCCAAUAUUAUUCGAUUUAUAUAUCCCCAAUAUUUUAUUUUGAUGUAUUCUGAUUGUGCUAUAUAUGCGAUUAACAUUCCAAUAAUUUAUUUUCCACGCAAUUUAGAAUAGAAGAG